UAGUUGCAGAAUUCUUUAACAUCUACACUCGAACGCAACAUUUCAGCGCGGUCCUCGAACGCGUCACCGCUUUUGUAAACAUUCCAGAAUCAGCUGUUUGUUGUCAACAUGUCGGAGGAGGUUAACCAAGAGAAAGACGCAUGUGGAGAGGAUACCAAGUUGGAUUAUGACCAGAAAACCAAAAAGGGAGAAUUAGCAGUCAAAGUAAUAUGUCUUGGUGACAGUGCAGUGGGAAAGUCCAAGCUUGUGGAAAGGUUUUUGAUGGACGGCUAUCAACACCAGCAGUUGUCAACAUUUGCUCUGACACUAUACAGAUAUCGCACCAAACUGGAAAAUAAAGACGUUCUUGUGGAUUUCUGGGACACAGCAGGGCAAGAAAGAUUUCAGACAAUGCAUGCAUCAUACUAUCAUCAGGCUCACGCUGCAAUCCUGGUAUUUGAUGGAACGCGAAAAGUCACAUAUAAAAAUCUUGCGAAUUGGUACAAAGAACUCCGUCACUACAGACCCGAAAUACCAUGUUUCUGUGCUGUAAAUAAAAUUGAUGAAAAUGAGGACAUCGCUGGGAAGAGUUUCGCUUUCCCAGAGAAGAACAAUAUCCCCAUGUACUAUGUUUCAGCAUCAAAUGGAACCAAUGUUGUCAAGUUAUUCAAAGAUGCCAUUAGUGCUGCAUACCAAUAUAAAAAGAAUCCAACUGACUUCACAGAUCAGAUAAUGGAAGAACUAGAGAUGGAUUGAUGAAUUCAGUUCAGCAUAGAUAUAGAUAGGUCUUGCAAGCACAAUCAUGCUAUAUAUACAGUAUGUGAUAAAGAGUAUUUGCACAUGCCUUUUUAAGCUGUAAGGAAUUAUCUUAAAAGGACCAUCAAGAUAAUUUUGUUGCUCCCAGUUCACACUUUCAUGUUAUAAUUUUUUUUUUUUUUCAAGCUGAUGUUAUAACUUUGACAGUAAGUGCCACUGGCUGAAAAACAUAAUUCACAAAUCAAAGAUGAAUCCAAUCACGGAUUUCUUUGAGUAGUUUAUGCCUUACUUGGUUGUAGGUGAAUGCCAUUGUGGGAUGAAAUAACAGCAUCUCUUUUCCAAUUUGCAUCAUGUUACUGUAAUUACUUGGGAGUUUUAAAAUCCCUUCUGGAUAUAUGAGAUCGAAUAGAAAAAAAUGCUCCCUGGUUAGAAUCAUCCCUUUUUCUCCUAUUUCUAGGAACAAAAGAAUUAUCAACUCUUUUUUUAAACAACUCUUAUGAGAGAUGCCUUUUCAAGGAAAAACGGGACCUUUAGGCGCCUGGUCUUGCCAGUGAGAUAUCCACCCAAGGCUGGGGUAUAUAUAUAUCACUUACCACAACUACUAUGCCUUAGUGGUUUAGCAAGGCAUUGAAUCAUAACACCCACCAUUACUGCCACAAGGCAAGGACAUAUUAAUUGGUAGUUUGGGUAUAUCAGUAAUUUGCAGUAUAUAGUGAACAUUUAUUGAAUUUUGAUGACAUCCUACCUAAAUAUCAUUGUUUAUGAAAACAAUCAGAUGUCCCUUUUGUACAGAUUAAGCUCAAGCUUAAGCUCAAGCUCAAGCUCACCCCUGUAACAGCAGAUUGGCACCUAAAAUGUGAUUUUGAUAUCUAAAAGAGCAAAAAAUAUUGUAAUAUAUCAGUAGACGAUCUUCAGAAUCACAGCUGUCUUUAGCUAUAAAGAGGCUUGUAUAAGUAUUCCGUCCAUUAAGUGAAAUACUCACAAGAUUGUUCCUUACUGGGUGGCUACAUAAAUGUAAGAAUAAUCUCCAUACUAACUAUGUCGGAUAUAAUCUGUCAUUAGCCAUAAAAUACAAUGUUUUAUCACACUGGCACUGUUCACACAAGUGAAGCAGUUCAUGAUAGCGUUCAGAAGUGCCAUGCUAUAGUUGUAAAGUACAAGCAAAAACUGUUUCACCGAGUUUCACAAUCUUGCUCAGUCCUUAGUUUACCAACUAUAAGCAUACAAAAUUCGCGAUGGAAAACUAGAUCUACCCAUUUUAUUUGUUAUCUAUCACUGUUAUCAUCCUUUGCGUUAUUAGCACCUCCUCAUUAAAAGAAAAACAAUUCAAAUCCACAAUUGUAUACACUUAACUUUGGCAGACACAAGUCAGAUAUUGUAAUAUACAGUCUUGUAUACUUCCAUGUUUACCAUUCAGUGUUGCCAAUAUGUAAACCACUAUUUCCAACUCUCGGAUCCAAAACAUACUUCUAAUUGUAUUAAACAUGUGUUUCAUAGACAAGAGUCAAAAGGGACAAUUUCCUUACUAGCAAUGCUGGAUGGAAGGGACUAUAUCUUCUUGGGUCUCAUGCCUUCACUUUCAUCUUUAGUACUAGUAAGAUUCAUUUUUUAGUACUAGUAAGAUUCAUUUCACCUUUCAUACAUGCUAUAAAAUAGAUAUCAUGUCCAUUCAUUUUUAUGAUUUUAUUUUGUAUUAAACACUUCAUCUCUCUACUUCUAACAUAUGAAAUGUUCAUGUGAUUAUGAUAUGGCAUACAAAACUGCCUCCAGGGUAAUUUUCAUGUAGCACCCACACCUGAUGUACCUGUCACUUGUCAAUUUUUAUUGUUACUUUAUAUUAUUUGAUAACUCAUUUUUAAAGAAUUGUGUAUUCAUAUAUUAUUGAUGAUAUUAUUUACAACAGAA